AUGACCGAUUCCGGUGUCUUCGACGAUCGGAGCAAGUUUGCAGUUCCGUCAUGGGCGUCGAAACCACCAGAUGGCGCUCAUUUGGAUGUAUAUAAGGGCGACGCUCUCAUUCAGGUUUGAUUAUUUCUAUAAAUUUUGUAAAAUGGUGAUUUUAACAAUUUCAGAAACUGUUGAUUGAUGACAAAAAGGCGUACUAUUUUGGAAGAAACAAUAAGCAGGUGCGUUCAUUUUCCGACCUUCUCUACGUUAUUUUCGAAUUUUAGGUCGACUUUGCUGUGGAGCACGCCUCAUGUUCACGAGUUCACGCCCUGCUGCUCUAUCAUGGGCUUUUACAACGAUUCGCCCUCGUCGACAUGGACAGUAGUCACGGCACAUUUCUCGGAACUAUCCGGCUUCGGCCCCUCGAAGUCGUAUUCAUCGAUCCGGGCACUCAAUUCCAUUUGGGUGCCUCCACUCGACGGUAUGCCGUUCGUCUAAAGGCCGAGCACCACGUGGAGGACGAUCCGGCAGUGGCGGCAUCCGAAGAGCAGUUAGAUGUAAGCCCAUUUUUUGCAGAAUUCAGUAUUUCAACUAUGAUUUUCAGCACCAAACCACUUAUAACACGGCUCAAAACCGACGUAUCCCACAGCUGCCAAUUUCGCUGGAAGAGGCUCGACGGAAAAAGCGUCCACGUGGCAACGUUGCUUUCCUCGAGGAGGAGGAGAUCAUUAAUCCGGAAGACGUAGAUCCGUCCGUCGGUAGAUUUCGGAAUCUCGUCACUACCGCCAUUAUUUCGACGAAUCCGAACAAGCGGCACGGAGAUGCGCUGAAGCGAGCAGAGCCGCCGAGAAAAGUUGUGCGUCCAGGGCGGGAUCUGAUGACGACGCCGCUUUCUUCCACUUUCGGACCGAUGUCUCUGAAUGCAGCUCCUGACCUGGAUACGUUGUACGGUGGAAAAACGUCCGCUGAAUCUCGUCACUAUGUGACAGCUACUGCUGCCGAAGAGGAAGCUGAUGAUCAUCAUAAGAAGAAAUACGCGAAGGAAGCGUGGCCAGGCCGCAAACCGGGCAGCAUCUUUUAA